UUGGGCUUCUCUAGGAAUUUUGGCUAGUUUUUGAAGAAAAUGGAGGAUUAUGUCAACAAUCCCGCAAAUAUGCAUGAUUUUAGUUUAAUGAAUACGAAAGUCUUUGCGAACCUAAAAGGCUCUGGCGGUAACAUAUGGGAAGUCUUUGAAGUUUUAGAUGAUGCCCGACGUGCUAUUUUCAGAAAUACCGUCUUUGGCUAUUUUAUUGAUGUCCCUCGUUUACAAGGGGACGCUUUAUUGUUUCAUAAAAUGUUCCUUCAUCAGAUCCGGCCGGACCCUGUUUUAUCUCCAGAUGGAAUAAAACGUUUAUAUUUUCGAGUAGGCAAUACCAAAAUGGUUUAUGGGCCGGAAGAGUUUUGUUUGAUUACCGGCUUCAAUUUUGGGGAGUAUCCAAAAAACAUUGGGAGAAAAGGGUCGGAAAAAUUAAUAAGCAGUAAAAAAAGAUGUUUACUGCGUGAACGGCUAUUUCCGGACCAUACUAAUAGUUCGGUGAAAAUCGGCGACCUGAAAAGUUUAAUUUUAAAUCAAACAUUCCUAGCACUUGACGACCUUGAUGCAGUUAGAGUAUGUUUGAUAUACAUUUUGUGUGAAGGUUUUUUGGGCAAAGAAGUUAACGAUCGGGUGCCACAAGAUUGGUUUUAUUUGGCUGAGAAUUUGGAUCUCUGGAAUAGCUUCGCUUGGGGUAGCUAUCUAUGGGAUUUUACUUAUGUUGACCUUGAGGAUACGUGGAAUAAGAUACAUCAUUAUUUAUCACUUCCUGAGCGUGGUCAAACUUUAAAGUAUUCCGUCUCAGGAUUUACUGCUCCAAUUAGGGUACUCGAUUGAACUCGAUUGAACCAUGUCACUUCCUCCUUUACAUCCGUCCACUUAGUAACAACAUCUGAUUUUUCUCUUUUUUGCCCUUCUCCCAUCUCAUGGUUAAACAAAGAUGUGAUGCGACUCCAUUCAUCACCAAUUAGGCAAUGCGGGGGAGCAAGUAACGGUUCACCAUCCUUAACACUUAGCCAGCACCGUGUUAGAACUAACACCUCGUUUGUCGUCCAUGGCCUUUCAGAAUUGGAACCAGGUACUUCAUUCAAAGAACUUGCUGCAUUCGACGACAUUUCUAAUAAUGGGAAUUCGUUUCGUUUAGGUGAUUUGGGUGUUUGGUUUAUAGAUCUUAAACAUCUAUUUAUAUAAAUAAAUAGACUAUGAAAUAAUACUUUGACUACGAAAUGGUUAUAUUUGGACUACGAAUUUCAGCUUUAUGCAGUGUUUUGUCAUGUCAAACUGUCAUUUAUCUCUUGUCACUAAAGGGACCCACUGGGAUGUGCAGGUUACUACAGUGACUUGUCAUUACUGUCUAGUCAUUUCAAAGUUGGACUUCUCAUUACUGUCUAGUAUGUAUAAAUACCACUUAUUGCUCCAGUUUAAUACAACAUCGAUUUUAUUAUGAGUUCCUCACACAAA